GUUAUUCGAGGGAUCAUGACAUCGUACAGGAGCUACGGUGAUACAGGAGCAUACAGAAGUAGACCUGGCGUCAGCAUCGCUAGCACAUUUGGUAGAAAUAGUUCCGGUGGAAGUAACCUACCAAGCUGUAGAAGCAGUUACUCCGGAGUCGGAUCGAGUUCUAUUCGAACCGUUGCCAAGGAACGGGCGCUUGCUAGUUUUGGAGGUACUUUUCUUAAAAAAGAUAAGUUCGAGGAGAAACCAGCAUUCAAAUAUUCAUGUACUAAAAAUAUCGAUAAAAGUCGAUUGCAUUCCGGAAGAUCGUCGUCCGAAGACGUGAGGGCGAAAAGUCCGCUAUCUGAUAGUAGGUCGUCUCUCCUUGAGAAGUACUCGUUCUCAGCUGGCAAAACAUCGGAGAGGCCGUCUUCCGUGUUGGACAGAUAUAACCGACCGGCUUCGCGGGAAAAGAGCAGAGAGCCCGAAGGAAUAUCGAGGUACGGAUCCAGUACAUAUCCCGGAUCGAGUUUCGGCCGAAGUUACGGUAACGAUGGUAGAACUGAAAAGAAGGACCAUCCGCCAGUUUCCUAUAGAGGAUUACGUCCUAACUCCGGAAAAACGUCGCGCGAGCCCAGUCCGGAAGUCGGUGUCGGAAAAACGAAUUCUUUCAGAGUUUAUUCACGAGCGCCGUCUUAUAGUCGUUCAGCUGCUUUGCCUAAUACAUCCGAAUCGAGCUCAACAAUCUCGAGAUUUGGCUCGACAGCUGGUUCGCGAUUUCUUUCAUCGCGAAGUGGUAACGAACGAAUGUCCACAACUGUAAACUAUUCCGCAGGAGGAAGAUUUCGAAAUUUGAAUAAUAAAGCAAUUAAUCAAAAAGAAGAAGAAGAAAAAGAAAAAUUAAGGUUUGCUACGAAGUCUGACAAAGACAGUCAACACGAAUUGUCAAAAACUACAAAUCGAAUAGAAGAGAACGAAAUCAACAAUAAACUUCCUAAUAACGAGUUUGUGACGUUAACAGUAGUGACAAGAGGUACUUCACCGACGCCUCCAGUUUCUUCGUCCUAUGUCAGAAAUAAACGAACAGAGAGUAAGGUUAUUCAACAAAACGAAGUGAUUAAACAUCGAAAACUGGCGGAUACCACUGACGAAGAAAUACAGUGUGAUCAAAUGGAAGAACCGUCAAGAUUCUCGAGGUAUGGCAGUAGCAACAGAGCAUCUGGUGUACCUUGGUCAACGUAUCUGGAUAAAUAUUCAAGUGCAUCCUCAACUGGUAAUCCAUCUAUUUAUUCGUCUAGAGGAUAUACUAAUGCGAGUUCUUCUAGUGGUAGACUUAAUAACUUCGCGUAUAAGAAAAUGAAUGAAGCAUCGAAAAAUGAAUCCUCUGUCAAAGAAUUAUCGAGUUUAAAUCAAGAAAUUCAUAACUCUGAUAAUAAAAGUCAAAAUGAGAAAUUUUUCAGUGAUUUAAGCUGCACAACUAAUGACGAGACUUUAUUAGCGUCCAAUGAUUUGAAGAUAUCGAACUGUCAAAAUAUUCAUAACAUAAAUAAAGAAGAUAGAAUUCAUGAUAGCGAACGAUGUUGCUGUGGUGCACGAAAGACUGAAACAAACGGAAGCUCCAAUAAUUUAAGAAGUUCUAAUAAUCAGAAUCUCGCUUUUUAUCGCAGAGAGGAUUCAAUAACGAAGGAUUCACAGGAUGCGAAAUGUGAUGAAUAUAACAAAAAAAAAUCGUCCAUUUUGCGAUUGAAACAUACUUCGCCAAAAAAUGAAACAAAAAUAUCUAAAUGUUCCUUAAAGAAUGAAAUAACAUCAUCGAAACUCAAUGCUUAUAACGAAAGAAGAGGAUCCACUUCCAAAUCUGACACCAACUCUUCUUCUAGAGAAGAAUCUCUUCGAAUUGUCGAAGGACACAAUCAAGACCAAAAUGAAGAAGUUACUUCUCAAAAGCGUAAUACUUCACAAAGAAAAGAUUCGACAUCAAGAGGUUCUUCGCAAAGUCGUUCAGCAUCGACAUCACAAACUCGGAAUAUACCGACGAAGAACAUUCCGCGUCAAAUGACGCGAACCGGCUCGUCAGACGGAUCUUCUGUAAAUAUGCCAAUUGGCAGAUCGAAAUCAUCGUCAGCUAGUUCGGUGACGAGUCAGAGUAUAAAAAUAAAAACGACAACGCCGCCAUCGCCCGGAAAAUCAUCCACCGGUUCGAUCCUAUCAUCAGUGAAUUUACGACAAGGCGGUUCGCCGGACGCGCGCGGCAAACCACCUGUGCCGAAGAAUGAUACUACGACCGCCGCCACGCCGAAGUGCACCGUGGCAGCGAAGUACGUGAACAAAGAUUUCCGCAAGUCGACCUUGAACAUGGAGAACGGUGACUUAUCAUGCUCUACUAAGUACGCGAGGAGAAAGAAAAGUCAGAGGAACAUUUCUGUCAACGCUCAGGAUUCUGAAAUGACUUCGGACCAUAUUCCCCAGACAGUAUCUUCGGGAUCCUUAACCUCAAUGAAGUCCGGACAAUCGAGAUUCAGGACUCCGUCUGCAGAAUCAAAGCCAAUUCUUGGCAGAAAUAGUUCGAAUGGCUCAACUAAAUGGGAAGAAUCGAAAAGUGGCUCAAAGUCACCUUGCGGAAUAAAAAAGAGGCCAUCUGGGACGUUUAGUUCCAGCACUAGUAGUCAGUCGACCUCUGUGAAUUCCUCCAGCAGCGAGGAUGACAACGAUCAUACUGACAAGACGGGAUCGAGACGGAGAAGAAAAAGAACAAAAUCACCUACGCGCGAAGUGAAAGGUAAAAUCAGUGCGGGAUCAUCGAGAACAAGCGUGUUGGCGUCGUCGGCUGAUGAUAUGUCAAUGAUGACGGAGAAACCACCUAGACCACCCUCUAAUCCAAAAUCUAAAAGUGAUCGUUCCGUGAAGACAGAAGAGGCCAAGUCCUUUCUGAUGAGAGCAUUAGCGCCAGUAACGAAUUUUUUUAAGAAUAAAAAUCAAGAUUCCGAUGAUACAAAUAAAUCAGAUGGUUGGAUUGAGUCUUUUGAAGAAAAUCAUGAAGUCAAUAAUAAAUUAGGACAGCCAUUUUCGAAGUCAAUUGGUCAGAAUUUAUCAAACGAUCCUAGCCUCACUAAUUCUCCAAAGAGUGACGGGCUAAGAGGAAAUAAUAUGAAGGUUCAACAUCAGUCUUCUGGCGAAAAGCCAUGGUGGUUGGAUUCAAAUUCCGAUAAUGUUCCUGAGGGAGUUCAAAGAGCUAGUCCAUGGAACAAUGACAUUAGUCAGGACACAACGGUUAGCACGGCCUUACCAGAUGACGGAAAAUAUAAACUUAAAAUUUGGCGACAAGGAUCAGAAGAAUAUGCAUGGUGGUUGGACGAUGUUGCAACGGAAGAAACAAAAAAAUCACCGGUGUCUUCUAUUUCGAGAUCUAGGGGAUCUAGUCGAGGUAGUUUUCGGUCAGCUGAUCGACGAAAUCGUAUCAGGCAUCAGCAGUCCGGUGAACGAGCGUGGUGGAUGAGCGACGAUCCUGAAAACGUUCCGGAAGGCAUCGAGGUUAUUCCAGUGGCGUCUGCUGAUAGUCAAAGUACCGACAACCCUGUCGUUAACGAGAGCAUUUACACUUCAAAACCGCUUAAGAAAAUCCGACAUAUUGAAUCUGGGGAGAAGGCAUGGUGGAUGGACAGCUCCUCCAAUGUUCCUGACGGAGUCGUCAGGAUUCCCGUGGAAAUUCCCAACAGCACUUCCGAUUCUUCCGAGUCAUACGAGAAGAUCGAUAUCGGUAUUAACCCCGAACCUGAGACGUAUGUUAAGAGAAGCCUCUCUAGAUUUCCUAUCGAAUUUCCACCACCACCAUCCGAACCGUUAGGAGAUCGUGCUAGUCCAGAAGGAGUCGAGAAUCCACCUGAUCCUCCAGAUAAUUAUGGGGGACGAAAAUCUCCUUAUGACAAUAUACAAUCGACACCUCGGAGAUUGCCACCGCGGAAACGACCCUCUACAUUGCCUUUAUUUAUUGGCGAGCAUACUGACAUCGAUGACGUGCUUGGUAAUACUGCUAUGCUGUGCCACAGUCCAGUUCUCUCCCGUGUUCGUAAACAGGAAUGUGUUGAAGAGGACAUUUCUGAAGACAGUUCGGAAUGUGAAGAAAUAGAUGCAAACCAGGUGAUUAUUCAUGACGGCACACUAAAAACAUCAAUGAUUCAACGAAGAAAUCGAGACAAUAAAAGAAUUCAACCCGAUGGCUACAUUCCGCUCGAUGACACGGCGCUCCAGUUAUACAAGGGCGGCGAUUAUGGUGCUUACCUGGACCUUGAGGCAUCUAUCAAUGAGCAACAGGAAGAAUUUGAGGGCUUUCAUGAAGGUGAAAGCCGGAAGAACGCGAUUAUUCUCAGGACCCAGCUGUCCGUGAGGGUUCACACCAUCAUAGAAAAAUUGCUGAACAGCGAGGGCCGCGAGCUGCGACGGGCUCUCUUCUCCCUCAAGCAGAUUUUUCAGGAGGACAAGGAUCUGGUACACGAAUUUGUGCAAAAUGAUGGACUCGCUUGCCUGAUCAAAGUCAGCAGCGAAGCCGACCAGAAUUAUCAAAAUUACAUUUUACGAGCACUCGGCCAGGUGAUGCUGUAUGUCGACGGUAUGAACGGGGUGAUGGAACAUGGGCAGACAGUGGAAUGGUUAUAUACGUUAAUUGCUAGUCGUUUUCGGCUGGUGGUGAAGACGGCGUUGAAACUACUGCUCGUAUUUGUGGAAUACGUGGAAACAAACAGUCUGCUAUUGGUCAGAGCUGUAAGGGCGGUCGAUCAAGCCAGGGGCGUGGUACCGUGGAUUAACGUAAUGAAACUUCUGAAGGAUUAUGAUGCUGCUGACACAGAGUUGCUUAUAUACGCAACAACUUUGAUCAACAAGUGUUUGAACGGUAUCCCCGAUCAAGACACGUACUACGAUCAAGUGGACUGCCUGGAGGAACAGGGUAUGGAGGGCGUUAUCCAGAGGUACAUGUCAAAACAGGGUACAGAUCUUGACUUGCUCAGGCAGUUUCAGAUUUACGAAGCGGUACUGCAUCACGAAGAUGGAGACAGAGGAUCGCCUAUACGUCAAUUGGAUGACAAUAUAAGAAAAACUUUACGAAACCGAAAGUCUCUAGUGGAUUCUCACGAAAGGCGAAAAUCUCGGAGGCAUUCCACGGGUAAUUCACCCCUGUCAAUGUCUAUGAAUGCACGGCUGAGCCCACGACUGAAUCAUACUCUGGGUGUGAAUACGCUGAAUAACACCUUGAAUUCGAACCUACCAGAUGAUGACGACGAAUCAAGUAGUUCUCAAAGUUCUCAGGGUCAUCUAGGUGAGGUUCAGCUCAAUGGUAGUUACAAAGAGAAUAAAGUGGAUGUUGGUGUUACACCAGCGCUGAGACGACGAAGAGAACGCGCAGAGAGACAGAGGAGCUUCAUUAGAGAGCAACAAGAGGCUACUGCAAAUCUGAGAGCUUCGCUUGGUCAUACUGAUGAUCAGGAAAGUCAGUUCGCAACAAACAGUCUACGAUAUACAAACGGUAUCUCUUAUGAGAGGAACGCUGAUUCUGCUUCGAACAAGUUGUCCAGAACGAACAGCAGAAAAGACUUGACGCCCUUGAUGAAUGCCGCGAACAAGCUCGACUCGGAGGAGAAGAAACCAUGGUACGGCAAAAGUCCCAACGAAGGUGUCGAGUACAACGAGAGUAAUCACACCGACGAAGACGAGGAUCGUCGAGUGGUUCUACAGCUUAAGAGGGAAGGAACUGUCAAGGAUCUCACUCAGAAGUUGGCAGCACAGAAUCUUAUACCUAGCAGCCCUGUGGAAGAGAAAGUUUCCAGGAUAGGAGAUAUGAGCGGGUUGAUCUCGAAAGCAAAAGAAGGUCUAGCAAAGUCGAAGUCAAAAGCGGACGUACUAAAAUCGCCAACCAGCGAUAAUUUGCCGAAACUGCAGGAAACGAAGAAAUCAGAGAAUGAACUGCACUGGGAGGAACUGGUAAAAAAACUGAAAAGACCAUUGGCACUUUGCGACUUGGAUUUCACCGAUCUAAAUUCCGAAGAUGAGAUCGAUGUGCUGGGAUCUGCUAAUGUGACGAAUGGAGUGCCACCGCCGCCACCACCGAUGGCACCUUCAAAUGGAGAUGCUUCGGCACCUCCGCCACCGCCAUUGGGAGCGAGAUUGCCACCACCCCUUCCUCAGGGUCCCCCGCUGCUAUUCGGUGUCAGUUUGAAGAUGUCGAGGCCAUCGCUACUAACUAACGAGACCAGUAACACGCCAAAAAGUCCGCCAUCGUUACUCGCGAAGAAGAGCAAGAAGACGGUGAAGCUGUUCUGGAAGGAAGUACGAGACGAUCCCAACAUUCUUGCACGGCUCGACAAACACAAGAUGAUCUGGGACGAACUAACGCCUGUGGCCGUCGACACACAAAAGCUCGAGCAUCUUUUCGAGAGUCGCGCUAAGGAUCUCAUCACCAAGAAACAGCAGGAGAUGAACAAGAACAAGGAAAUUAUUGUGCUAAAUCAUAAAAGAUCGAACGCCAUUAACAUUGGUAUGACGAAACUGCCGCCGCCAAGAUCCAUCAAGACUGCGAUUUUGAAAAUGGAUGCUACAAUCAUGAAUAGAGAGGGUAUCGAGAAAUUGCUAACAAUGCUACCUACUAAGGAAGAAAAGUCCAGGAUACAAGAGGCACAAGCUGCCAAUCCUGACCUUCCCUUAGGAUCGGCCGAACAGUUCCUUUUAACUUUGACCUCCAUUUCGGAAUUGCCAGCAAGACUAAAGCUGUGGGCAUUCAAGCUAGACUUCGAAAAUUCCGAAAAAGAAAUCGCAGAUCCUUUAAUGGAUUUGAAACAGGGUAUGGAGACCUUACGAGUGAAUAAAACGUUCCGUGGGAUUCUAAGCACACUCCUUUCGAUCGGGAUAUUCCUCAACGGAAAUGAGGUGAAGGGCUUUCAACUAGAAUACCUCGUCAAAGUACCUGAAGUGAAGGAUACGGUUCACAAACACUCGUUACUUCAUCAUCUUUGCCACAUGGUGAUGGAGAAGUUUCCGGAUUCUACAGACCUCUAUUCCGAGAUUGGUGCAGUAACGAGAGCCUCGAAAAUCGAUUUCGACGAGUUGGCGGCGAACAUCGCGAAACUCGAGAGCGAGUGCAAAGCGUCUUGGGACCAUCUCAAGCUCAUUGCGAAGCACGAUGGUUCUACGAUGAUGAAGGUCAAGAUGUCUGAUUUCCUUGCUGAUUGUGCCGAAAGGAUAAUCGUCUUAGGCAUCGUUCACAGACGUAUCAUAAACCGUUUCCGCAAAUUCAUUCUGUGGUUGGGUAUACCACUGCACAGGAUACAAGACACAAAACCAAACGAGUUUUGUAGGAUUGUGUCCGAAUUUGCUCUGGAGUACAGAACCACUAGGGAACGAGUGAUACAGCAGCUUGAGAAGAAAGCCAAUCAUCGAGAACGCAAUAAGACCAGAGGGAAGAUGAUAACAGAGGUCGGUAAGUUUCGUACAAAAGAGGAUCGAGCGGAUGCGGAACUCAGACAACUACUUGGCAGUGACAUUUCAGAUGUCGAGAGUAUCCACGGCACUUUACCAUGGAGAAGACAGAAGAAAGACGGACGUAUAAUUUCACUGGGUCCGGUACUCAGGGACGAAAGCACCAAUGGUAACUUAGCUGAUGGCGUUGACGAAUUAUUGGAAUCUCUGGUGAAAACCGCAACAAAAACGCCAGCCACUAGAACCACGCCACGCGAACGCAAGAGGACCAGACACGCCGAUCGUAAGUCUUUGCGUAGAACGUUAAAGAACGGUCUCUCGGAAGAAGAGAAGAAGCACAUCGCCGCCUACAUCAAGGGCUACUGACUGUGAUAAUACUCGAAGGCCACGACAUGCUCUCACGAAACAAGACGAAGAAAGAAUGGAAAGUUAAUACUGCGAAGGGGCGGAACAGUGGAAGCUCGGUGAAAACAUUGCGACCUCUCCGUCGUAGAUCUUCGAUUAUAGGAUCCUGUUUUCCCCUAUUACCAGGGGAACUAUUACAGGCUCCGAGAUCGAAUCUGAUAUCGACGAUCGAUUCUACGACACGUCGCUGACGUUCGUCGAAUUUAAUAUUUGCGUGAAGCCCCAUGUGCACUUUAUGUGCACCUAUCAUUCGAUUUGCUAAGGUAGGAUAAUAAGUAUGAGCAAAAAAAAAACAAGAAAAAGAUAUUAUAGUUUUGUUGAAUUAAACAAGUAUUAAUCGGUGAUUUAGGCUUAAGCCAAUGAUUGAGAACAGGUAUUUCUCUUAACACGUCGUUCGCGCACGAGAAACAAUAUCUCGGAUGCGUAUUAGGAAUUAUUAUUUAGGAAUGUCCUUAUAGAUAGAUUUUUGUUAUGUAAGUCCUUCUGUAAAAAAAUUUUUUUGUUUUACAAAAUUUUCCUUAUUUUGUAUAGAAAUUUCUGAAAAUUUCAAGUUGUUUACGUUCCCUUUUGCCUCUUUGAAAGUUAUUACACGUGUUGUGCGUAUAUUAUAUACAUUUUACGUAUGUAUCGUACUCGGUACUUCUCGGAAGAUUCACUUGAAUCGCGGACGACAGGGUCGACUUGACAAUCAUAUAACAUCACGUGCCUCGACGAAUUUUUAUAAUCGAUCGAUUUUUAAGAGCGACUACUCCGAGUAAUCGAUGCUUUUGUUCGCAUCGAUCCAUUUAUAAUGAAGAAACAGCCAUUUUGCAUACGAAGUAAAUAUAUAUUCUAGAUUCUAGAACGAUUCCUGUCGAAUAGCAAACACAUAUCGGACGACAUAAAUCUGCCUAGCAGCUUAAUUAUUUUAAUCAUCAUUUUAUUAUUGCGUUUCGUAAAAACGCAUAAUCACAUUCAUUGUAACUUUCUGUGGAAAUGAUUCUUUAAAUAAAAGGAGACGCAAUUAUAAAAAUAGA